AUGAACAUGGGAAACCGGUUCUCCCAUAACCGCCGCACAGGUCGCUCAGGUCGUACAAGAAAUAGACGGCGGUGCCGAACCGUCUCUCCUCCUCCUCCUGAACGUCGCGGGCGGUCUGACCGUCGUCGCCGAUCACCAGAAGCACCUGACGACGACUACGACGACAUUCCACCGCCCGCGCCCUCUCCGCCACCAGCCUACGAAGAAUACCCCGUAUCUCGCAGUCCGCCGCCUCCGGUUGUGCCGCGGCGGCGCACCGACGGUGGCAGAACCACCGCACCAGAACCAGAAGCAGGGUACGACAGAUACACAAGCCGCCGACGGUCUCCUUCGCCCUCGCCCUUCCGGGCCAGUGGGCCACGACGCGUGUACCUUCCACGUCCGUAUGCGUACACACCCGACGACUUCGAGGACUUUAUGACGCGUGGACGCGAUCCGGUAGACGAUCCACCACCACUGUCUGGACGACGACCGCGGAGGCGACCAGACGUGGCUGAGCCCGAGUUUUUGGACCUUGGCAUUCCCUCCUACCACGCUCCUGAACCCAGAGAGGACGCUUCCAGGUACGGAUAUAGAUAUGGCUAUACGGGGACGUAUUCUGCCCGCCGUGCAGCCCCGGACCCAAACUCGGACCCAAACGUAUGGUACGAUCGGCCCGACUGUAACGGAUUCCGACCCGCGCGCACGUUCGAUACCGGUUUCGCCGCGGGUCCGACGUCGUCCGCGUAUCUUCGAAACAGUGGCAUCUACGAGCACAGUGACAGGAGACGCGUCUACGUGGACCCGUCUUGGCCUGGAUCUGGAUCUGGAUCUGGUUUUGGAAACGGCGGCGGCGGCGGUAGCAGUGGUAGGUCGACGAAUCGAUACCGAGAUAGAAGUUCAGGAUACUUCCGAUUCUCACGGCGGUAG